UUCUCCAUGUUCAACCACAGUUGCGAUUUCAACUGUGUCGCAAUCCACACGGGGACAGCUGUCAAUGUCAGGACAACCAGGGACAUUCCAGCCAACAAAGAGUGUUUUGUGAGCUACGUUGACGUCUUGAAACCGACAGCAACAAGAAAUAACAUUCUUCGAAAUGUCUUUCAGUUCAUGUGCAAGUGCCCCCUCUGUAGAGAUACCAGUCGGGACAAUCUACGUCAUAGUGUGCAGUGUGGAAACCUUGAAUGCCAAGAAGCUGUCCUUGUUAAUCCAGAUGGGACAGUCAAGAAAUGCAGCCUGUGUAACUUUGAGGCAUUCCCCCUAGGAUUUCCAGACCAGUUAAAGACUGUCGAGCAGCAGUGCAUAGCCAAACUGUCAGCAGCUGAGAAGAUCAUGAGCUUUGGCAAUUGGCAAAAGGUCUUGGAGCUGAGCGAGCAGUGCUUGGCGCUACAAAAGGGCAACCUACACCCCUACCACCACCUGGUAGUGGAAACACUCCACUAUGCCAUGGAUUCUUGCAUUCACCUAGAAAAAUGGGAACAGGCUUUGGAGUAUGGUCGACGUUCCAUUGCACAUCUGGAGUUCCAUUGCCCUGGUAACAAUGCAACCGCAGCCAUUCAACUGAUGAGGGUGGGGAAGCUUCAGCAAUAUUUGAAGAUGGUUGCAGAGGCAAUGAAGAAUCUUCACAAGGCAGAGAAAAUUCUGCUAAUAACACAUGGUGCAGAUCACCCGCUGUGCGUCCAGCUCAAGGAAAUGAUCGCUGCGUGCACGUUAGAGCGGCGACAGGUGGCACGGCUUGAGUCCAUCGAGGAGGCAGAACCAGACCAAGAAACGGAAGAGAAAGAAGAAGCCAGCAAAUCAGCAAUAGAGCAAAAGGAAGAGAAGGAGCCCAAGGAAGAGACCAAAGAGGACAAGAACAAAGCUACGAUCAAAGAAGGAGAGCCAAGCAAGGCUAAAACAGGAGAGAAGGAAGGAAAAACCGAGCCCCCAAAAGAACCAAAAGUUAAAUCUGCCACUGCAACUUUUGCAGACAAGACUGAUUGAAAAAUACAUGUUACGUGUUUGCUGCCAAUACAAAUUCCUCAUCUGAUAUCUUCACCUGGCAUGAGACAACUGCCGCUUGAAUGCAACAGGGGCCAUACCACAAAUUCUUGGAAGCAUUUCGUUCAAUGUGAUGGUAAAUAAUAUUGAAAAUUAAUCUUCGAUUUUCACUUGCUUGGCCUGUGUACGGAUUGGAAGAGUUUAACGUUGUGGACUUUUUUGACCAAAUAUACCUCUUAAUUAGAAUCUUGUUGGUAUGAAGUGCUGAUUAUGUCGUGUCAUUGAUAAAAAUGGUCUCGUGUUGGGGAAAAUGUGGCAUUUGUAACGUAAUUUUGUUUCACAAGUGUCGUUGGUAUUUAGUUCUGCGUGAGUGCAAAACAUUUUUUGCCACGACUGAAAGAUUGACGUAUGUGCGACAGUUACUUUUGCCUUAUCCUGCCUUUGCCUGUCCCUUUGCAGAACAAAACAUUUAAUUCAACAAAACCUGACAAAGCUGUUUCACUGUCAGAGAAAUGCCCCGGUAAUGUCACUUCUUCCAAAGUGUUUUGUAACAAAUGUGACAAUUUAUUGAAUUUUCAGUGCAAUGUCUUUAAGCUUGAGCUGAAGAUUGUAUAUAAUGUCGAACCAGAAAGUCCAACUAACCGUUACUUGUAUUCAAGAUCUUGAUAAUAUGACUCGGUGUAUUUACCAUGUUCAUGCUGAAGGAAACCAAUAUCAUAGCUAAUAAUUUGAAAUGGAAAAAAUUCAAGAGUCAAAAACUUACAUUCUGUUGUCUGAAGCAGUAGGUUGGUGCAUUAGGGUGAUGUAAUCGUCAACAGUUUAUAGCAGUGCAUGUAAUUUAACAAAAAGGAACAACCGUAAAAUGUAUGCACAAUCAAACCUCGUUAAUAAGAGCACUGUUAAUUCAAGAUUCUGCUUAUAACAAGGAAAUUUUUAGUUCCCCAUCUGAUAAUA